AUGGGUGGUUUCACGAAAUUUUUGCUGUUUCUUUUCUUCGUGGCGAUCAUCGGUGUUCUCCUGGCAAUAAGUAGAAAGCCUCAAAACAGGAACACCCUGAUGUUCAUGACUCCUGGACUACCAUUUGUCCCGGCCAUCGCCGUUACCGUCAACAUAUACCUCAUCUUCAAGCUGAGCAUCCUCACCCUCGUCAGAUUCACCGUGUGGAUGACCCUUGGUGAGAUAUAA